AUGUGUACCGUUGCCUUCUUCGGCUUCCUCAGGUGUGGCGAGUUCACCUGUUCAGUCAGUUUUGAUGCAGAUGUCAAUUUAUGUGUCCAAGAUGUCAUCUGCGAUUAUAACAGAAACAGAUGUAUCCUCACAUUGAAAACUUCAAAAACUAACCCUUUCCGACUAGGAGUGGCCAUCUCCCUGUUUGCCACAAACAAGCCAGCUUGUCUGGUUCGAAGCCUCUCACAACUGAUCCUCAUAAGACGCAAGUGCGGGGCUCAGGCCCACGAUCCCCUCUUCCUGGACAGCUGUUUCCAUGCUAGUACGAGGACUACAUUUCUAAGAUGGCUCAACGUUAUCAUGUGUCGGAUAGGCUUGAGCUCCAAAUCUUAUUCAGGACAUUCAUUCAGGAUUGGCGCAGCUACCACGGCUGCACAAGUGAGAAUGGAGGACCAUCUCAUCAAAACCCUGGGAAGGUGGAGUUCAAUCUGCUUCACCAGGUACAUUCGAACCCCGGAAGAUACCUUGAGACAAGCACAGAUCUCCUUGUGUAACGUAUAA